AUGUUAUACAAAUUAAUUAUACAUUUAAAUACAAAAAUGUCUAACCAAACACGCACUCUUGUUACUGAUUCAAAAUAUAAUUUUCUAAAACAAUUAGGAUUGACUAUCGAGAACCCGGGUCUUUUUGAUGGUCGGUGGGGAGGCUCUGGCAAGGUAAUUGAGUCAAUAUCGCCUGCGAGUGGUAAAGUAAUAGCCAAAGUGCAUGAAUCAACACCGCAGGAAGCCAUAAAUGCUGUAACUGAAGCACGUAAAGCCUGGCCAUACUGGUCGUCUCUGCCAGCACCAGCCCGAGGGGAAAUAGUACGGCAAAUAGGCGAUGAAUUGCGUCGUAAUUUGAAACCACUUGGGCAAUUAGUGUCCCUGGAAAUGGGUAAAAUACUAGCUGAAGGUGUCGGUGAAGUUCAAGAGUACAUUGACAUCUGCGAUUAUGCUGUUGGCUUAUCACGAAUGCUACCCGGUAAUUUGUUUCCAUCCGAACGUAAAAAUCAUGCAUUGCUAGAAAAAUGGAACCCUGUGGGUGUAAUUGGUGUCAUCUCGGCAUUUAACUUUCCAAUUGCAGUUUACGGAUGGAAUAGCGCAAUUGCAAUGGUUUGCGGUGACGCUAUUGUAUGGAAGGGUUCACCGACGACUCCGUUGGUAUCAAUAGCAACUACGAGAAUAAUAGCAAGUGUUCUUGAACGCAAUGGAAUUCCAGCUUCAAUAGCGUCCCUAGUGACUGGUGGUGCUGAUGUUGGCGAGGUUUUGGUCAACGAUAAACGAUUGCCACUGAUAUCUUUUACUGGAAGCACUGCAGUUGGCCGUGAAGUUGCUAUUAAGAUUCAAGAACGCUUUGGUAAAUCGUUACUGGAACUAGGUGGCAAUAAUGCGCUUAUCGUUGCUAAUGACGCUGAUCUGGAGAUGGCUGUAAGAGCUGCUGUGUUUUCAUGCGUUGGAACUGCUGGACAAAGAUGCACGACAACGAGACGCUUGAUUUUAGAUUCUAAAAUAAAAAAUGAAUUUGUUGGGAGAUUACGCACUGCAUUCAAAAGUAUUUUAGGAAGAAUUGGAGAUCCUUUAGAUGAGGCGACACUCUAUGGACCUUUACAUAAUCAACAUGCGGUUGACGCUUUUAAAACAACAGUGGCAAAAGCUGUAGCCAAUGGUGGAACGAUUGAAUUCGGUGGCAAACAAAUAAAUCGUCCAGGCUUUUACGUCGAGCCAACAAUUAUUUCAGGACUCGGAUCGGACGAUCAAGUUGUACAAAAAGAAACUUUUGCACCUAUUGUGUAUAUUUUAGAAACUAAUUCCAUUGAAGAUGCUAUCGCCCAGAAUAAUAGCGUUGAGCAAGGUCUCAGUAGCUCUUUGUUCACUAAAAAUUUGUCAAGCGUAUUUCAGUGGAUAGGCCCACACGGAUCUGACUGUGGAAUCGUAAACGUUAAUAUUGGAACCAGUGGAGCUGAAAUUGGCGGAGCUUUUGGUGGUGAAAAAGCCACUGGAGGUGGUCGCGAGAGUGGUAGCGAUGCAUGGAAAGCUUACAUGCGUCGUUCAACAGUAACCAUUAAUUAUGGCAACGAAUUACCACUUGCCCAAGGAAUAAAAUUUGAAUAA